AUGAACGUCCACGAGCCCGAUCACAACAGUCUCGCCAUCGCACUGGAAGGAUCGCCUGUCACGAUCUUCUUUCAGACCGCAGACGGCCGGUUUGCAUGGUUCGAGAACCAGCAAUCGGUCUGGGCACGCAAAGACCUGGUCGGCCUGAGCGACGCCGAUGUGUUCAAUGGCGCCAGCGCUUCCGCGUUCGCAACAGCAAAAGAUGAUGCCCGACGAUCGGGCCAGCCUGUGACGCUGGAACUGCAGACGCUGUCGUCGGUCGCCGCGGACGGCAAGGAUUGCUUCCUGAAAGUCACGGUGAGGCCGGCCUGUGACGAGGCUGGCCGGACGUCGGGUUUCUUGUGCUCCUCGGUGGAGAUCACCGAGGAGAAGAUUCGCGAACAAACGCUCAAGACGCUGCUGAUGGAGGUGGCCCACCGGUCCAAGAACAUGCUCGCCAUGGUUUUGAGCCUUGCCUCGCAAACCGCGCGGUCGUCGCGAUCCGUGGACGGGUUCGUGCGCGCCUUCACCGGCCGGAUCCAAUCGCUCGCCAAGUCGCAGAAUGCGGUGACGGACAGCGACUGGCGCGGCGCGCGUUUCAGCGAACUGGUCAAGUUGCAGGUGACCGAUGUGGUGCCGCUCGGGGCAAGCCGCAUCGAGAUCGCGGGCGACGAUCCCACUUUCUCGCCGUCGGCGGCGGUCCAUAUCGGGCUGGCCCUGCACGAACUGGUGACAGACGCACUUGUGAACGGCGCGCUCCUCGAUUCCCGGGGCACCAUCCGGAUCGACUGCAACAUCCUGACCCAGGAAGGCAGCACUCCUGUCGCCGAAAUCCGAUGGACCGAGGAACGCCGCGUCCAGCCAGAGGACGCGGAAACGCAGAAAGGAUUCAGUCGCACCGUGCUCGAACGGGUGGUCCCGUCCGCAGUCAACGGCGAAGCCCAACUCGACGUGGACAAUCAUACCGUCAGCUACCGGCUGUCCGUCAAUUUUACCGAAUUCCGGUAA